ACACAACCUUGUCAAGAUGGGUGGAGGCGAUCUUAAUCUUAAAAAGUCUUGGGCUGUUAACAUCCAGGCAAACCAACGGAAAGUAUGGGAGGCCGAAAAGAAAGCGCUCGAAGAGCGGAAGCGCGCCGCAGAGGUACUGAAGGAGCGGGAGGAGGAGCGAGCCGUGGAAGAAUUGCGUAGGUUGCAGAUGGAGACUACGGGCAAGACUGGCCUGAUCGAUCCUAAAAUCGCUUGGAUGUACCAAGAUGCAAAGAACGGACUGGAACAGGAAGCAAGUGAAGCGUACUUGCUUGGCAAGCGUCGCGUUGAUCAGAUCAUCCUGAAGCAGGACACACAACAGGAGGAGGCUAAAAAGAAUACGGAUCCACUUGCAAACGCAUUGUCUGCACGCGACAUCGCCUCGAAGGCUGCGCUGGAUCCCCUACUGGCGAUCGAGAAGCAGCGAACGGCCAGUUUGCAGGCAAUGAUGGCAGAUCCGAUCGCUCGUCGACGGCUGAUGAAGGAGAUGUCACGCAAGGACAAGGAUGAAGAGAAGAGAGAUCGUAAGCAUAGAAAACACAGAGACGACAGUCGCGAUCGGCAUCAUCGCAGCAAAAGAAGGCGAUACAGCGACGAGAGUGACGACGAUAGACAUGAUCGCAGACGGUACAGAGACGACAGUCCCAGAGAUAGAUAUGAGAGACGACGAUAUCGCGACGAGAGUGACGACGAGAGAAGACACAGUAGACGUCACCGUGAUGAUAACGACGACGACGACGGAAGAGAACGGCGACGCCACCGUGACGGCACUGAUGAUGGAAGGAAAGAUAGAAGACGCCCCGGGGAUGACGAUUAUGAAGAUGAUCGACGUCGUGAACACAGAUCACAACGUGAAGAUCGACGACGAGACCGUUCGCGAUCACGUUCGCCGUACCGCCCACGAGACCGGGCGCGCUCUUCGAACAACUCGCAUUCGUCGCAACCUUCUUCAUCGGAAAGCAAGCCGGACACGACAGCGGCCGAGGAGCGUGCGGCGAAACUGGCAGCCAUGUCGGCGAAUGCGAGUGAGCUCGAGGAGGCCCGCAACCGCCGUUUGGCUGAAAUGGAGGCCCGCGACGCGGCAGACAAGGCCAAGGAGGACCGUAGGAGGGACAGGCAUGGUGACCGGUUCGUGAGCGACCUAAGGGAACAGGCUGGCAGCAAAGGGUUGGGGGAUCGGCUACAGAGGGCCAGCGGGGGACUGGCCAGACUUGAAGGUUCUUUUUGAAGAGUCUGGGCUGGCUGGACUGGCGCACGGGCAUGAUGAAUAUGGUAGAACGGACGAACGAAAUACUGCUGGAAACGAUAUGCUCUCAGCCUCUGAUAUAAGGACAUGGUCCUGUUGCGAAAUAGCUAAAUAAGAUCCGCCCGGAAGAAGCUCCGCAUACAGAAGCAUAAACUUCCCCUUACAAUCUUCUUGUCCGAAAAUGAUAUCUGGCAUUAGAAAUACUUG